AUGGCCUCUUCCAAGUUCUCUGCUCUCUUGGCUCUUGCCGCCGGUGCCGGUCUGGUUUCCGCCCACGGUUACGUCUCUCUCAUCACCGUUGACGGUGUCGAGUACCAGGGAUACCCUCCCAGCUCGGCUCCCUACGAGAACCCCGCCGUGGACCGCAUCGCCUGGUCCGACUCGGCCACCGACAAUGGCUACGUCGCCCCCGACGCCUACGCCUCGGGCGACAUCAUCUGCCACCGCGACGGCAGCAACGCCGCCCUGACCGCCACCGCGGCCGCCGGCUCCACCGUCUCCUUCCAGUGGAACACCUGGCCCGACUCCCACAAGGGCCCCGUCAUCAACUACAUGGCCUCGUGCAACGGCGACUGCACCACCGUCGACAAGACCAGCCUCGAGUUCUUCAAGAUUGCCGAGAGCGGUCUCAUCGAGGGCUCCUCCUCUGGCGGUACCUGGGCCUCUGACGAGCUCAUCUCCAACAACUACACCCAGAGCAUCACCAUCCCCUCGACCCUGGCUGCUGGCAACUACGUUCUCCGCCACGAGAUCAUUGCCCUCCACUCGGCCGGCUCGGAGGACGGUGCCCAGAACUACCCCCAGUGCUUCAACAUUGAGGUUACUGGCUCUGGCAGCGAGUCGCCCGCCGGUACCCUCGGCGAGGCCCUCUACUCCGAGGACGACGCUGGUAUCCUGAUCAACAUCUACACCAGCUUGGCCAGCUACGACAUCCCCGGCCCUACCCUGGCCUUUGCCGACUCUGGCUCCGCUGCCGCCACCACUGUCGCCGCCGCCGCCGAGGCCACCACCACUGCUGCUGCCACCUCGGCUGCUGCUACCACCAGCACCAAGGCUGCCGCCACCACCAGCAGCAGCACCAGCAGCGCCGCCGCCGUCUCCAAGACUUCUUCCUGCAAGAAGCGCCGUCACGCUCGCGACGUCGUCAAGAACUAA